UGCUAUUUCCCACUUGGCCAGAGGAAGGGACACGGUGCGGAGCUCCUGUGUCUUUCAUUCCACCACCCUUUCCUUCGUCACCUCCAUCCUCCUGGUUGUUCAGUUUAACUCUAUAAUAGUCUAAUUUCCUCAGUUAGCUUGUUUCCGUCAUGUAUCGGUAUUUCGGGGAGCUGUUGAGCCGCUCUGCGGGAAGUGCCCUGGCCUCGGGAUGCGUCGAUUCCGCUCUCCCGGCUUCCUCCUCCCUGAUGCGGGUUCGCCGCUAUGCCGACGCGGCCGAGCAGCCCGACGACCCCAACUUCUUUAAGAUGGUAGAGGGCUUUUUCGACCGCGGUGCUGCUAUCGUGGAGGACAAGCUGGUGGAGGACCUGAAGACCAGGGAGAGCUCCGAGCAGAAAAGACACCGGGUCCGCGGCAUCCUGCGCAUCAUCAAGCCGUGCAAUCACGUCCUGAGCGUGUCUUUUCCAAUCAAGAGGGAUAACGGAGAGUGGGAGGUGGUGGAGGGGUACCGCGCCCAGCACAGCCAGCACAGGACACCAUGCAAAGGGGGUAUCCGUUACAGCACCGAUGUGUCUGUGGAUGAGGUGAAAGCCUUGGCCUCUUUGAUGACCUACAAAUGUGCUGUUGUUGAUGUGCCAUUUGGGGGUGCUAAAGCUGGAGUAAAGAUCAACACCAGGAACUACUCUGAUAAUGAGCUGGAGAAGAUAACCAGGAGGUUCACCAUUGAACUCGCCAAGAAGGGUUUCAUUGGGCCUGGCAUCGAUGUCCCAGCUCCAGACAUGAGCACCGGAGAGAGGGAAAUGUCCUGGAUAGCUGACACUUACGCCAACACCAUUGCACACACUGACAUCAAUGCUCAUGCAUGCGUGACAGGAAAACCCAUCAGCCAGGGAGGAAUCCACGGCCGCAUCUCGGCCACCGGACGUGGAGUUUUCCACGGCAUUGAGAACUUCAUCAACGAGGCGUCCUACAUGAGCAUGCUGGGCCUUACACCUGGCUUCCAGGACAAGACCUUCAUCAUCCAGGGCUUUGGUAAUGUGGGUCUCCACUCCAUGAGGUACCUGCACCGGUUCGGUGCCAAGUGUGUGGGUGUCGGUGAAAUUGAUGGAGCCAUCUACAACCCAGACGGCAUCGACCCAAAACAACUGGAAGACUACAAACUGCAACACGGCACCAUCGUGGGCUUCCCAGGAGCCAAGCCCUAUGAAGGGAGCAUUUUGGAGGCUGACUGCCACAUCCUGAUUCCUGCUGCUGGAGAAAAGCAGCUCACACGUAACAACGCCCGCAGGAUUAAGGCCAAGAUCAUUGCUGAGGGUGCCAACGGACCCACCACCCCAGAUGCAGACAAGAUCUUCCUGGAGAACAACGUCAUGGUUAUUCCUGACAUGUACCUGAACGCUGGUGGUGUGACUGUUUCCUAUUUCGAGUGGCUGAAAAAUCUAAACCAUGUCAGUUAUGGAAGGCUGACGUUCAAAUAUGAGAGGGACUCAAACUACCACCUUCUGAUGUCUGUACAGGAGAGUUUAGAGAGAAAGUUUGGGAAGCAGGGAGGACCCAUCCCCAUCGUUCCCACCGCUGACUUCCAGGCCAGAAUUGCUGGCGCUUCAGAGAAGGACAUCGUUCACUCUGGGCUGGCCUACACGAUGGAGCGAUCCGCUCGGCAAAUCAUGCGCACGGCAAGCAAGUACAACCUGGGUCUGGACCUGCGGACGGCCGCCUACGUCAACGCCAUCGAGAAGGUCUUCAAGGUCUACAACGAAGCUGGGCUCACCUUCACAUAAAAGGCCCCUCCUGAACCCGCACUGUCCUCCUUUCCUGCUAUCCUUCCCUCCCUCCAGCUUCCCUCUACCUCCUCCAACAGCCUUCCGAACAUAUCAGUUUACCGCAGCUCCCCACACAUGCAGCCACAGCCUCGAUCAUUCUGUUUGCUCCCACAUGCAGUUAACCUGAGUAGGAGGGGAUAUCUGCGUGCAGAUAGAGGACUCUGUCGCUUCCUCUGCAGUCAUAUAAACGUUCAUGUUGUAUGGAAUCCAUAUUCACGGCGCUCCUAUUGUAGUUGCUGUAUGCAUGUGUAACCGUCUUGUUGCAGCCGUCUCUGAUGGCGCUGCUGAUGCCUUAUUUCAGGAAGAGGUCAAAGCCUAAAGGGAGCUGACCGCUUCAGUCUUAUGUUGAUUAAAGAGAUUUAGAUUUAACCCCAUUUGAAUUAGUAAAAUUGGUCAUUUUAGUAUUUCUGGUGAAAAGAUUAGCCAUUAGGCCUCUAAAUUUUAGGAUUUAUUUUUUUCACAAGUGUUUUUACUGUU